CCUUGGAACACACUUCUGAAGAACUUGAUAUGCAGGAGCAGAAAAUCAAGGACAUGUUUGAUGCAGGUGAAGGAAAAUACUCAUGUGUUGAAUGUCGGCGACCUUACAAGACACUUGGACAUUUGAAAAAUCACCUUGUAAGAGAAAACGAGUGGCAGCUGUAUCAACAGAACCAAGAUGCUGGUGAAAAUCUUGAUCGAGUCGCCCUUUAUAGGGCAUCAUUUAUGAAAUGCGCUCUUUUACUUAGAGACACUAGUGAUGCCUAUCAACUCGGAGAUGGUAAUAGAAUUAUGAACAAUUCUAAAUUUCAAAUGCUUCUCUCAGGGAUCGGACAUCACACAAAAUACCAAUUAUGGCUAUUCAGAUUUUUAGCAAAUUAUCACUGCUUGCUUAGUCCGAGAGAAGCGUACGAGUACAAAGGGAACUGCACUACCAACUUAAAAGGAGGAGCAGGUCAUAACAUUCCCAAUGAUAAUUUGGUAGAGAUUUUAGUUUUUCGCCUUAAAGCAAAGCUGCAAUCCCAAGGAUCCAAUGUAACUUAUGAAAGUGCCCGAAAAACAGCAUUAACUCUCCAAAUUCAGGAUGAGAUUAGGGAAAAUUUAAUUGAAAAGUCUGGCCUGAAAAAAUCUGGCACCACUCGCCCAGCCCGUACCAACAACGACAUUGUUCUUAUGGUGAAUGAGAUGUCUGCUGGAAAUGUGUUCAGUUAUAUUCCAGGGAGAAAAUAUAAAAAUUUUAAAACUUUUUGUGACAUGUUUUCAAGAAUAAACGUAGUAGAUUUGCACAAGUGGUUAUGUAAACAAAAAGAGAGACUGUCUUUCGAAACCAUAUGAGGAUAUGUCAUGUAA